UUGGCGACAAUCUAUAUUUGCAUUUGCACGAACUAAAUGAAUAUGGAUCGUGAACGUGUAUUGUGAAAAUAUUUAAUUCGACAAAAAAUUAUGAUGAUAGCAAAUUAAUAUUAUUACUGAUAAACUUAUUUAGACAAUGUCAAUCAAUAUAUUAUGCGCUGCAUUUCGCAAAAUUGCAGUGGGCAGAAUAAGUACUAUUGCUACUGCAAGAUGUUACUCAACAAAACAAUCAAAUUGUGAUGUAAAUGUAAUAUCUCGUUUAACAUCCAAUAGUCAUGGCAUACUGGAUAAUACUAAGCCCGAUGAUAUCAAAUUUAUACCAGGAACGCUUAAUAUAGAUUUUGGGAUACGUACAAAUGGAAAUUUAAUAAAAAAUAUUAUUGAAAUGCCUGUUACAAAAAUUUCUCCAUUGCAAGAGCCUAUAAAGCGUUUACCCAUUCGAUAUGAUUUACCUAUAUUGGAAAAGUCUAUAGAUUUACCUACAAAUGGAGAAAUCUUUGAGAAACGUGCGGUACGUUUAAUUGUGAUCAGGCAUAAGAAAAUAAAGAAACAUAAGCGAAGGAAGCUACGUAAGAAGAUGCGGUUUAUAUGGGCAAAAUUGAGACAUAAGCGAAACGUAAAGAGAGAGAAAGCGUUUCAGGCAGAGCUAAUUAAUAAAAUUAUACAAGCACAAGCAUUUGAUGCUAGGGUGUACGUUAAAGAGAGACUAAAUAUUUUGAACAAGGAAAAAAUACCAAGGACUUUCAGAGGCGAGAUUUUACCUGCUGAGAUGAUAAAAAAAUUUAUAGAUGAGAAAAAAGCAAAAAGAGAAGCAAAACUUAACAAACCUCGUUUAAUUCUAUAAUUUAUGUAUAAAUCAAGUAACAAUAAAUUUUAUGCUAAUUAAUUUUGUGUCCUUUAAAAUUUGUAUUACCGAUAUUACAUAAGACAAAUCAGAGAAUUUGAGGAGGCAUAAUUAAGAAAAAUCAUGGAAAUAAUUAAAUCAGCAAUAAAUUCAUUUUUUUUUCUUAUAAAAGAUAAGUCGUUUGUACAGUCAUUCAUUAUUUAGAGCUUAACAACAAUCACAUUAAAGCAUUUUAUAGGUAUAUAUAAUAAAUGAUAUUUAUAUACUUUCAUUGAUUAAUAUUAAUAUCGAUUCUAAAUUGUACAUGAUGGUGAUCAGAUUAUACAUUUGGUUACUUAUGGUUUACAAUAAAUAUAUACUUAAAAAAA